AUGUAUGAUACUCAAUAUAGUUGGAAUAAUCACAUUAAUAGUUGCAUUGACAGUUAUCUUCAUUCUCAAAUCUGUAUUGAUACUUACAUUUUAAGUGAUAGUGACAAUUACAGUGAUAGUGACAGUUACAUUUAUAGUUCCAUUUGUGGUGAAAGUAGAAAUAGUAGUAAAAGCGAUAGUUCCGGUAUAAAAACCAGCAUGAAUGGUAGUGAUUUAACUAUAAGAGAAAGUUCUAAUGAUCUCGAUGUAACUCAAAAAUACAAGCAUUUGUGGGUUCAAUGCGAAAAUUGUUAUGGAUUAAAUUAUAAGAAAUUUUUGAAGUCAAAAAUGAAUAUUUGUGAACAAUGUGGAUAUCAUUUGAAAAUGAGUAGUUCAGAUAGAAUCGAACUUUCGAUUGAUCCGGGCACUUGGGAUCCUCUGGAUGAAGACAUGGUCUCUCUGGAUCCCAUUGAAUUUCAUUCGGAUGAGGAGCCUUAUAAAGAUCGUAUCGAUUCUUAUCAAAUAAAAACAGGGUUAACUGAGGCUGUUCAAACAGGCAUCGGCCAACUAAACGGUAUUCCCAUAGCAAUUGGGGUUAUGGAUUUUCAGUUUAUGGGGGGUAGUAUGGGAUCCGUAGUUGGGGAGAAAAUUACCCGUUUGGUCGAGUAUGCUACCAAUAAAUUUCUACCUCUUAUUAUAGUAUGUGCUUCGGGAGGGGCACGCAUGCAAGAAGGAAGUUUGAGCUUGAUGCAAAUGGCUAAAAUUUCUUCUGCUUUAUAUGAUUAUCAAUCAAAUAAAAAGUUAUUUUAUGUAUCAAUCCUUACAUCGCCUACUACUGGUGGGGUGACAGCCAGUUUUGGUAUGUUGGGGGAUAUCAUUAUUGCCGAACCCAAUGCCUACAUUGCAUUUGCGGGUAAAAGAGUAAUUGAACAAACAUUGCAUAAAACAGUACCCGAAGGUUCACAAGCGGCCGAAUAUUUAUUCCAGAAGGGCUUAUUCGAUUUAAUCGUACCGCGUAAUCCUUUAAAGGGCGUUCUGAGUGAAUUAUUUCAGCUCCACGCUUUCUUUCCUUUAAAUCAAAAUUCAAGCAAGUAGAGCACAUUAAGUUCAAUUAUUUUAUUUGUAGCAAACAAGUAGUUAGUUUAUCGAAAUCAAAGUCAAAAUCAGAAGAAUAGAGUUUUCUUUGAUGACAUAAGAUCUAAUUGUAGAAAAAAUCAAAAAUUGUGGAAAAUUCUUUUUUUUACCUAUAUUACUGACUAGUAAUCAGGAAGCCUCUAGCAACAAGAUAAAAAAACGAAUUUCAUUUUCCUUUCUUACGUCUGUAUAUAAUUCAAAUAUAGAAAAUAUAGAUUUUUGUAUCUUUCUAUAUCUCCCGAGAAUCCCCAUUUUUUACUAAGAAUCCCCGUUAGGUCGGAUUCUAACGAAUCUUUCGGUAAUUUGUAAGAAACUCUUUUUUUAUUAAAUUUAAAGACAAGAAGAAAAGAAGAAGACUAAUAAAAUCGAUUAUCAUACAUAUAUUUUAUGUAGAAAGUAGAAAGAUGAAUAAGUCCAUUUAGUUAGUUCUACAUUCCUUGCGCUUAUUAUAUAUACUCACUUAGAUAUAUACUAAUUAGAAUUAUAAUUAUUAUAAGAUAUCUUUAAUAGUAAAUCGAGGUACCCAUUCUAUGGCAACUUUUGACUUUUCCUCUAUUUUGGUGCCUGUAGUAGGCAUAGUAUUUCCGGCAAUUGCAAUGGCUUCUUUAUCUCUUCAUGUUCAAAACAACAAGAUUGUUUAGACCCGAUGGGACUAAAUUGCAUCCAUUUUUUUUUUCAAAAC